AGCUAGGCACGAGUCGGCUCCCGAGGAAAAUGGAUUAGUUAGACUAGCUCCUGCUGCUGCCAGACGCGUUUCGAGAGUCAGACAGAAAAAUGCACAUACCUUGUUACAGUGUUGAAUUGCAAAAUUAGCUGCUGGUGUUGGGGGGAGGCAGUUUAAUUGGCAAAUCAGUCCUCAGUUUGCACGCGGUUUUAAACAUGCGUGUAUAAAGAGAACGUAGUCUUGGUUCGUUAUUUUUUUUAAUGAACACUUUUGGGGUUAAAAAAUAAAAUCGGUCUGAAUCAGCAAAGAGGCUGGAUACUAUAGUACUGCAGACCCUUGGUCAAGAAAACAUGAAAUAUGUAGCACAGAAGAGUGUGCUAGGGAUUAUGAGAAAUUUAGAUAUAAGUGUGCUUACCAGAGUUCACAGAUGGAGAUGGCAGAGGAAGAUAAUAGUGGGGAAGAAUACCCAAAUGAAAUUCAUGAUUAUCUGUCAGCAUUUGAAAAGUCUCUUGGUUCUGUAGGUGACAUGCUGAAGACUAUGAUGUCUGUUUCUAGGAGUGAGCUUCUUGAAAAGUUGGACCCUCUUGAACAAGCAAAAUUGGAUUUGGUUUCUGCAUACACGUUAAAUUCAAUGUUUUGGGUAUACCUGGCCACUCAAGGAAUCAAUCCCAAGGAACAUCCAGUGAAACAAGAGCUGGAGAGAAUAAGAACGUACAUGAACAGAGUCAAAGAAAUAACAGACAAGAAAAUGGCGUCCAAACUGGAUAAAGGAGCUGCAGCAAGAUUUGUAAGAAACGCGUUAUGGGAACCAACACCUGAAAAUAAUCCUAAAGUGAAAACUUCUGCUAAGGCAAAAAAGAGAAAAAUGAACUAGUUUUUUAUUUUCCCUUUGGUUUUAUUUUUGUUUAUCAGGUAGGGAGAUAACUAGAAAAUUUAUUUUUUAAAUUGUGUUUUGUAUAUGUUUUGCGUCACAUAAAUGAUGAAGUAAAACAACAAUUUGGUGAAUAUAUCUUUAGCAAAGAUCUAAACUGUAGGGUCACGUUGCACAGCUUCUGCUGAGAUCUCACCUGUAUAUAUACAUGUAUAUCUGAAAGUGAAAGUUGGUCCUUGGAGAUUAGCUUGAAAGCUUGGCUCUUUAAUGAGAACGAACUAAUCAUUUUUGCCAACUCUUUGUAAUAAUAUGCUAUUUCAUGAUUUGCUUCUCAUUCUAAUAAUUUUGGGGGGUAAUUUUUGACUGGCUGAAACUGUAUUUUCUUAAUUAUUGCUAAAUUUAAUCUCCGAAUAUUCAGCCAGUCACAAGUGAUGGACAUCUAGUCUGUGUGAAUUGUUUACGUAGGAGCCACUGGUUUUCAAGUACACCUGUGUAUGUAAUGCUAAAUUUGUAGAGCAUACUAUCCUUUGUAUUGCUUAUAUUAAAUAUACAUGAUGCCUCUUUUUCAAUCUC